UUUUUGACAGCUCGACCUGCUAGCAGAAAGCCGGUCGUUGGCAGAGGGUAGGACCACUGCCCACCAUCAGUGUUAAUAUAUUAGAAAGCAAGACGCAAAAGCUCAUAAUCUGCGGAGAUGUUCGAUUUAAAAGCAGGAUGGAACCUGUCGUUCGCAGGCUGUGGGUUUUUGGGGAUUUACCACAUCGGUGUAUCGAGCUGUCUUCUGGAGAAAGCGCCCUACCUGAUCCACGGUGCUAACAAGAUCUACGGAGCUUCUGCUGGAGCUCUCACAGCCUCAGUGCUCACCAGCCGGGCGUGCUUAGAUAAAUGCUGCGAAGAUGUAAUUGAGGUGGCUAAGGAUGCACGGAGGCGUAACCUGGGCCCACUGCAUCCCACCUUUAACUUGGUGAAGGUGCUUCGCACUGGCCUCCAGCGAGACCUGCCCGAAGAUGCUCACACACUAGCAAGUGGCAGACUGUGUGUAUCGCUUACACAAGUCAGUAAUGGAGAAAAUGUUCUAGCCUCAGACUUUUCCUCUAAAGAUGAGCUCAUUCAGGCUCUUAUCUGUAGCUGUUUCAUUCCUGUGUAUUGUGGAUUGAUCCCGCCUUCCUUCCGUGGAGUUAGAUAUGUUGAUGGUGGUAUGAGCAAUAAUCUUCCCCAGUCAGAGAUGAAAAACACCAUUUCCAUCUCUCCAUUCUCAGGAGAGAGUGACAUCUGCCCUAAAGACAAUUCCAGCAGCUUCCAUGAGCUGCGCGUCACCAACACCAGCAUUCAGGUCAACAGUGGAAACCUGUACCGGCUCAGCAAAGCCCUCUUUCCUCCAGAACCCAAGGUAAUGGCAGAGAUGUGUCAGCUUGGAUACAGAGACGCCCUUCGAUUCCUUGAGGACAACAAUUUAAUAAGAGCUGAGUGUCCAACAACAGAUCUAGCCCUGAUGGAAAACAUGUCCUGCUGCUGCGGCACCAGUGUGAACUCUGAAUCUACAAAGGAGUGGGUGCUACGAAGACUAAGACUAUUAAAGGCACACCACUGGUGGUUGGAUGAGCAGCUUGUUAAUAACUUACCCACAUCAAUUAAAAAAGUGUUCUGUGAGGCCUGUAAGGAAAAGCACGGUUUGAUGGCUCAGCUUUCUGGCCUGUUUCCUGUUCGCUUGGCUUCCUACAUGCUGAUGCCCUACACACUGCCAGUAGAGUCAGCCUACUCAGCAGUACAGAGGUUUGUGGAAUGGAUUCCAGAAGUGCCUGAAGACACACGCUGGCUUUUUGAAGUGGCAGGAAGCAUCUACCAGACUGCCUGGAAAGGAGCAUCUACGAAAACGAGCAACAUUCCAGUGCGCCGAUGUGUAAGUGGACCACCCUCACUAAAUCUGCAGUCUCAAGUUAACAAACAUGAUGGACAUUUAACUUUUUCUGCCACUGAGCUGCAUGGUUUCAGCAUGAAUUACCCAGCACGUCAUCAAAACCCUCACAGUCCAAACACAUGCACCCUGCCCCCUAAAGAGAUGUUCUUUUUUAAUGACUCAGAUGAGGAGUUAUGAAGCAGAAUUUACCAAUAUUAGACAAUGGACAAGAUAGAAUUUAUAAGAUAUUUUACUUUGUCACACACUGUGUUUUAUGCACAUGCAGUGGAUGAUAAAAAGUGCUGCUUUAUGUUGGCCUAAAGUCUCAAUACAAUUUUAUUUUAAUAAAUUUUAAUAUUGCAAAAA